GUCAUGCGCCAUUUCUCGCGAGACCGGGGACCAGGAAGACGCCCGCAGAGCCGGGCUGCUGGUGCAGCUGCGGCUGAGGCAGUGGCUGCAGCGGCAGCAGCCUCCGGACGAUUCGCCUCCAAACCUGCGCCUGGUCUCCAGGUGAGGAGACGGGACGUGGCAAGGCCGGGGCUGCAGAAGCGAGCGGCGACCGCUGAGGCUGAGCGGGGACUCAGGCCGCGGCCUGUCAGAGCCAGACAGGGAGGCGCCCACACUCCUGACAGUGUAAGAUGGCGGCGAUGGCGCCUGGAGGUGGCGGCGGCGGCGUGAACCCUUUCCUCAGCGAUUCGGACGAGGACGAGGACGAGGUCUCGGCGACCGACGAGCGGCGGGCAGGACUUCGGCUGGGUGCCGGGGGCGGCCUAGACCCGGGCUCUGCGGACUCGCUGUCGCCCCAGGACCCCGUGGCCUUGGGGAGCAGUGCCAGAGCGGGGCUCCCCGGGGAGGCUGCGGCGGCGGCCCUAGGGGGCCCUGGGGAGACCCCGGCCCGCCUGUCAAUUGAUGCGAUCGCGGCCCAGCUGCUGCGCGAUCAGUACCUGCUGACCGCCUUGGAGCUGCACACCGAGCUGUUAGAGAGCGGCCGUGAGCUCCCUCGGCUGCGCGACUACUUCUCCAACCCUGGCAACUUCGAGAGGCAGAGCGGGACCCCCCCGGGGACGGGGGCGCCGGGGGUCCCCGGGGCAGCCGGCCUUGGAGGCGCAGGAGGUCGGGAGCCGAGUACGACGUCGGGUGGGGGACAGCUCAAUCGAGCUGGGAGCAUCAGUACCCUUGAUUCUUUAGACUUUGCAAGAUAUUCAGAUGAUGGUAACAGGGAAACAGAUGAGAGAGUGGCAGUCCUGGAGUUUGAACUACGGAAAGCCAAGGAGACCAUUCAGGCCCUCCGAGCCAACCUGACAAAGGCUGCAGAACAUGAAGUUCCUUUACAGGAACGAAAAAAUUACAAAUCAAGUCCUGAAAUUCAGGAGCCAAUCAAACCUCUUGAAAAGAGAGCUCUAAACUUCUUAGUCAAUGAAUUUUUACUGAAGAAUAACUACAAGCUGACAUCAAUAACGUUUUCAGAUGAAAAUGAUGAUCAGGAUUUUGAACUAUGGGAUGACGUAGGAUUAAAUAUUCCCAAACCUCCAGACUUACUGCAGCUCUACCGAGAUUUUGGAAAUCAUCAAGUAACUGGGAAAGACCUUGUGGACGUGGCCAGUGGUGUAGAAGAAGACGAAUUAGAAGCUCUGACACCAGUUUUAGGCAACCUUCCUUCAACCCUUGAAACUCCUCAGACUGUAGAGAACUCCUUGCUAGUACAGAAAUUAGAAGAUAAAAUUAGUUUAUUAAAUAGUGAGAAAUGGUCUUUGAUGGAACAAAUCAGAAGACUUGAAAGUGAAAUGGACUUCCUCAAAAAUGAGCACUUUGCCAGCCCUGUAGUUUGUGACUCUGUUCAGCCUUCUUUGGAUCAGUCUCCCCACAAAGACUCUGAAGACAGUGGACAGAAUUCAGUUAUAAAUAGUUUGGACAAGGGAGAAAACAAGGAUGUCCAUCUUUCAAAAUCAGAUGAAGUUGAUUCUACUGUUCCUAAAGAGACUUUCCCGCAUUCUUUCCCCAGGAGAGAAAGAGAAGGAAUACCAUCUUCUUCUCCAUCAAGUAAAAACACAGUCCAUUUUGAUAAACCCAAUAGGAAGUUGUCUCCUGCUUUCCAUCAAGCACUGCUCUCUUUCUGUCGAAUGUCAGCAGAUAGUCGUUUAGGAUCAGAGGUGUCUCGGAUCGCAGACAGCGAGGCGAGCGUCAUGCUGAUGCUGGGGCGCUGCCUGCCGCACAUCGUCCCCAACGUGCUGCUGGCCAAGAGAGAGAGAAUGGUUUUACACCUCUGUCAGGAGUUGAUCCCCCUCAUCUUGUGCACGGCCUGCCUGCACCCUGAGCCCAAGGAGAGGGACCAGCUUCUCCACAUACUCUUCAAUCUGAUCAAGAGGCCCGACGAUGAGCAGAGGCAAAUGAUCCUGACAGGCUGUGUGGCAUUUGCACGUCAUGUUGGACCCACACGUGUUGAAGCUGAGCUUUUACCACAGUGUUGGGAACAGAUUAAUCACAAAUACCCAGAAAGAAGAUUGCUUGUGGCAGAAUCUUGUGGAGCGCUGGCACCUUACCUUCCUAAAGAGAUCCGUAGCUCCUUGGUUCUUUCAAUGUUGCAACAAAUGUUAAUGGAAGAUAAGGCAGAUUUGGUAAGAGAAGCUGUGAUCAAAAGCCUUGGUAUCAUUAUGGGAUACAUCGAUGACCCAGACAAGUAUCAGCAGGGUUUUGAACUGUUGCUCUCAGCCUUGAGUGACCCCUCAGAAAGGGUCGUUAGUGCCGCACAUCAGGUGUUUCUACCCGCCUAUGCCGCCUGGACUACAGAACUUGGAAAUUUACAGUCUCACCUUAUACCCACAUUGCUGAACAAGAUUGAAAAACUUCUCAGGGAAGGCGAGCACGGGCUGGAUGAACAUAAGCUCCACAUGUAUCUGUCUGCCUUGCAGUCCUUGAUCCCAUCUCUCUUUGCAUUAGUGCUACAGAACGCACCCUUCUCCAGCAAAGCCAAGCUGCAUGGUGACGUGCCACAGAUAGAAGUGACUAGGUUCCCUCGGCCUAUGUCACCUCUUCAAGACGUGUCUACUAUUAUUGGAAGCCGUGAGCAACUGGCGCUGCUCCUGCAGCUCUAUGACUACCAGCUGGAGCACGCGGGCACAACCGGCUGGGAGAGUUUACUGUGGGUUGUCAAUCAGCUGUUGCCACAGCUUAUAGAAAUAGUUGGCAAAAUUAACGUUACUUCAACUGCCUGUGUCCAUGAAUUCUCCAGAUUUUUCUGGCGCCUUUGCCGGACAUUUGGCAAAAUUUUUACAAACACUAAGGUAAAACCUCAGUUCCAGGAGAUUUUAAGGCUGUCUGAAGAAAAUAUUGAUUCCUCGGCAGGAAAUGGGGUCCUCACUAAAGCUACUGUCCCCAUUUAUGCAACAGGAGUCCUCACGUGUUAUAUUCAGGAAGAAGACCGAAAGCUGUUGAUUGGAUUCUUAGAGGAUGUAAUGACCUUGCUUUCAUUAUCUCAUGCUCCUCUUGAUAGCCUGAAAGCUGCUUUUGUGGAACUGGGUGCGAAUCCAGCUUACCAUGAGUUACUGUUAACUGUGCUGUGGUAUGGUGUUGUCCACACGUCAGCACUCGUGAGGUGUACUGCUGCUAGAAUGUUUGAGCUGACUCUUCGAGGCAUGAGUGAAGCGUUAGUUGACAAGCGGGUUGCUCCGGCCCUUGUUACCUUGUCCAGUGAUCCUGAAUUCUCUGUCCGGAUUGCUACGAUUCCAGCCUUUGGCACGAUUAUGGAAACAGUUAUUCAAAGAGAGUUGCUGGAAAGAGUGAAAAUGCAGUUGGCUUCUUUCCUGGAAGACCCUCAAUAUCAAGACCAAUAUUCUCUGCAUACAGAGAUCAUAAAAACAUUUGGUAGAGUUGGGCCUAAUGCAGAACCAAGGUUCCGAGAUGAGUUUGUUAUACCGCAUCUGCAUAAGUUAGCCUUGGUGAACAACUUACAAAUUGUGGAUUCUAAAAGACUGGAUAUCGCUACCCACCUCUUUGAAGCCUACAGCGCACUUUCCUGUUGUUUCAUUUCAGAGGAUUUAAUGGUUAAUCACUUUUUACCUGGUCUCAGAUGUUUACGCAUCGACAUGGAACAUCUUUCUCCAGAGCACGAAGUUAUUUUAACUUCCAUGAUAAAAGAAUGUGAACAAAAAGUAGAGAACAAGACCGUCCAAGAGCCUCAAGGCUCAAUGUCAAUUGCUGCAAGCUUAGUGAGUGAAGAUGCGAAGACCAAGUUCUUGAACAAAAUGGGCCAGUUGACAACAUCUGGCGCCAUGCUGGCCAACGUGUUUCAGAGAAAGAAGUAAGAGCGGGAGGAGGCCCCGGUGAACACUAAGAUGGACCUCAAGCAGACUGGCUCCUUGUACUUGAAGUACUUGCCUUUUUUAUUUCUGUUUUUCGUUCUUGCAUCAUAAUUUUAUCUUAACCUCCAAAGACACUUGCACUGCUUUUGAUUAUUGCUGUAUAUCUGUUAAUUUUGGAGUUCCAACUGUGGUGAUAAAAAACUGAGUUGACAGUCUGUACCAAGUCCCCCUCUAUGUUCUUGUCUUUCAGAAUAUUUUUUUUAUAUAUAAUAUAUAUAUAUAGUGAAGAGUUGUUUUUUUUUUAAUUUUUGGAUGGGACAUUAGCAAAUACUUGUAUGAUACACUAAGCUAUUACAAUGGUACUUAAAAUAAUGUAAAUUUGAAGUCAUUGUUAUAAAGUAAUAAAAAUGGAGAUUACUUAAGUAUUUAAAUUAUGAAAGGAUGCUGCAGGCUUUUUAUUGUUUGUUAGCUGACUGGAAGGGCCACCAGCAUCACUCUGUGCCUUUUGGACUGCAGUUUGUGCAUCUGUAGGACUUGUGUGCGCUCCAUUCACACGGUAUUUACAAUACUGUAAUGAAUCUGAAUUACACAUCCUACAGUGGGUAGAUAAUAGUGUAACUUUCAACCUUUCAGUGCUCUCGUGAGUAUUCUUUAAGUGCUGUGUAAAUCUCCCCAUUACUUACAUGAAUAUAACGGACUUACCUGAGGAAGGAGAGCACGCAUCGCAUGGGGAGUGGUAACCAAGGUGAAUUUUACAAACUGGUGUGUAGUAGAUUUAAAUACUCAAACUAAAUUUAAGUAAGAAAAGCUAAUAAUUGUGACUUUUUUUUUCCCAAGUGGGAAAAAAGAAGAAAAGAAAGUAUGGUUCGGAUCUAAAAGUUAAUGCUUAUUUACAUAAAACAUUCUAUUUAAGGUGAUAAAUUUUCUGAUGAAUUUUAAUUUCAGAGAUUAUCUUUUCAUCCUAUGUGUUACAGAGAGGUACAGAAAAGUUCGGGACAUUUGAGGGCUGCUUUUUUCCCUCUAGGCAAAAAAUGACAUUGGCUUGCUUACUGUUGGUCUCAGGCAUCACCUGGCCCCUGAAAGCCGGCGGCCGCUCUUGCGUGUGACACGUAGCACACAGAGUCUUCAGUCCGUGAGCAGUUCCCCUGGGGUCUGACAGCUGUCUGUCAAGUAACACAGCUUUCAGUAGAAAAGAGUGAUCCUGGACGUAGGAGGGAGGCGGUUCGUUUAACGGUUUAAUGGGAGGCCUUUCUGAAAAAUGAGCAUUUCGGUAAAGAGAAUUCUCUUUUGCGCACAGCUGAUACACAUGGGUGAUUGUCAUGUUUGUUGUAUAAACUGGUUUUAAUACGCUUGGAAUAUAGUUGGAUUACAUUCACUUCCUGGGCAAAGCUAGCUUACUACACAUUCAAGCUUGUAAAAAAAUAAGUUGCCAUAGGCAGAGCCAUUUAAAAAGUUUAUUCUGAAAUUAUUUCUUUAACCUACAGUGAAAUAAUUGUUAGCUAGUAUUUAUGGAAACUGUUGGAUUCUAGGCAUUCCUGAGAAAUUGAAAGUGGCUUCCUUUCAUGUCAAAAAUGUUGAUCUAUUAUAAAUAAAACAUUUUUGCAUACA